AUAGACCUUAGCGACUUAUGAGUUUACCCAACGUAAAGGUACUCUGACAACGGUAGUUUUUGACAUAUCAUUCUCAUUUGACCAAUGUAAAUCCACUCUGCGGAAAGAAGAUACCAACGCAACACCAAUUUAUUCAUUUCAUGGUGAUAUCCGUCUUCAAUCGUCGCGAAUAUCGUUUAUUUUCCAUUAUCGUUCAUUCUGCACGGAAAGUAAAAGGUCAUUUGAACAGUUGUGCGUGUGAAGAGCAGUUUAAAGCCAGACCGUCGCCUCCACGUCCCUAACUGCGUUGGAGUAUUUAUAAGUGCGCUAUGAAACGAAGUCUAGGUUGAUGAAGUGAUUGAAGCCCAGUGAAUGUAGGUAAAUUGCACCUUGCUUCAAUGGAUUGUUGACGCGUCAUAGUAUGCCCUGUGCCCUGCCUCCCUCGUUUGUGUGUCAUCAAAUCGAUUAAUUUCCAAAUGAAGUAAGAUAGCGAAAGAAAACGUCCUUCGUCAGACGGUCAUCGAAGAAGAGUUGGUGUGAUAUUGAAAGGAAGAAAGAAAAUAUCAAACUUUUCAACAUCAUUUCGAACAGUCUGGUGUGAGUUUCGUAAAGCACGAUACCGUGAAGAGUGAAGACUAAAACGAUUAGAUCGCAUAUUCUUACUACCGUUUCGUGCAGAACAGUGCCAGUGAAACGAAAGUUGCCAAGAGCAAUAGUUUUGUGCGAAGAACUGCCAGCAACGUAAUGGAGCUAACACCAGAAGAGAUACGGGCACGAAGGCUAAGAAAGCUAGGUGCGAAAAAUACCAGGAAUGUGUCCAACAACAAUGCACCAUCCUCCACGGAAACGGAUAACAGUUCCACAUCCGAUGCCACUACCAGUAGCACUACUCCUGCCACAGCACCAGCAGCCCCAGAAGAAGCAGCGACGUUAGAAAAUGUAGCAGAUUCUCAACAGAUGCCAACGAGCGCCCCUAUCGUUUCGGAUAAAUCGGAAACGAUGGAAAGUAGUAGCGGCGACAAUGUCGGUAGCACCAGUAGUCUUAAUAGCAGUACCACCACCACAACCGACCCUAAGGCUGAUAUGAUUCUUCCGAAUACGAUCGAAGCUUCGCUAAUGCUGGGCCUGGAAGUGGCAGAACAAUCUCAACAGCAGCAAAAACUGCGUUCUAUUCAUGUGGCCGUUCCAGCGACAACGACGAACGCAACGACACGGAAGAAGGCAAUGCCGGCGGCAGUGGCGUCGGUGGUUCCUACGACAACGACAACCACCCCGAACGCAUGGUCUUUUAAAAAGCGAUCCUCGUCCGAUCACAACACUACGAAACCGGACGGCGACCAUCACAUUGGCAUGGAUCUUGAGUCGAAAGCGCAAUGCGAACAGGACAGUCGUGUGUCGGCUCAGGACGAGCUGCUACAGAUCAUGUUGCGCAUUAUGAAGAUAAACAGCAAAGCGCGUUACUCCAAUUCCCGAUUUACGAUCGAAUCGGUCAUACUGGAGAAUGCGCUUGAAAUGCUCGAGCGGCAGCGAUACGCGGAGUUUUGUGCGGAUGUGAUCACCGAGGUGAUUAAAGGCAUCUACUACGGCAAGCUGAUCGAGUCGCAUAGCGACGAUAGCGAUGCUGGACGCUUGUCGGACAGUUGGAGCACGAUCCCGAGCAAAAAGGUGAAACCUAUCAUGCUGGACGAGGUAGUCAUUGGUCGUGGGCGCGGUGGAAGCAGUGGAGCAAUGGCUGCAGGCAGCACCGCCACACCGAUGGACAUCGAUAUCGAGAUGCAGCCGGAAGACGAUGCGCCAGCAUACUGUUCGUCGAAACCUUCGAUGAAAGCGUUCGCUAACAAUCGCGUAGCGGCAUUGGAGUACCUUAUCGGUUGCUAUCUGCGCUCGAAUGAGGAACUCUACAGCUACACGAAGGUGAAGAAAAGCAAAAAAAUGUAUCUCGCCGAAACAUUGCCCGAUGUGGUAGCGGUGAUACGGCAGCAUACGCUGAAGUACGCAAUACUGGUACUGAAAAAUACCUUCCAAAGCUUCUGCCAACCGGGUACCAGCAGCAGUAGCGGUGGUGGUGUUGAGAGUGGCAGCAGUAGCACGAUUACUAGCAGCAAAACACCAGCCACCGGUACUGGUAGCACCGCAUUGGAGAAAUCACCCUUGCUGACGCUCAUGUACGAGAACAAAGUGUCGGCCGAUUUCAUGUCCAACCUGAUGGCCGAAAGCCGCAAAUCGGACGGCGAGGAAGACUUUCGCGUAAUCUUUAACGCGGUACUGGACGAUCUGUUCAUCGAUAUGCAGAACGCGAUCUGCAACGAAAACAUUGUGGCAGAUCCGUUGAAUCGAUUGAAAGAGUUGAUUGAAACGCGCGUGGAUAAUGCGCACCCAAUCUGUUUGCUGAUCGUGGAGCACAAGAUCUUCCUGACGGCGUUUACUCCGGACAAGCACUUUGCACGUGAAAUAUCGAAGGUAUCGUUUCUGGCACCGUUCCUGUCGCUGUCCGUGCUGCUGGACGAAAAUCCCAAAUUUGCCAGCCAUCACUUUUCGGAUAACGUGUGCGAUCGUACGCUGGCCAACUCGUUCCAUUCGAUUUUGAGCAACACGCGCAAGGUGCUGCACUCGAUCUUUCUAGUGCUGCUGUCGAAUCAGUACAGUCGCUUCGAGAUGCUCAACUACAUCGCAGCCAUACUGAAAUCGAAUGCGAAGCGCAUUCAGUACAAUGCGGACGAUCGUUUUCUGGCCAAAGACGGGUUCAUGCUAAACUUCAUGUCCGUGCUGCAGUUGCUUUCGGUGAAGAUUAACCUAUCGCGCAUCGACCCACUUUACCCGCAUCAUCCAGAAAGUUUGGUCGAGAUCGAGGAUGAAACGAAACUUAAGUUCUCCUCCCAAGAGUACGCCGACUGGCUUGCGACGCUUAAGGACGUGAAGGAUUGGGAGCAGCACAAAUUUGUUACGCACUGCUGGUUUCUGACGCUGCACGCGCACCAUCUCGGCAUUAUCCCGGCGAUCCAGCGCUAUAAUAAGCUGCUGCGUGCCACUAAGGAGCUGCAGCGCAUGGUAGACGAGCUGAAUGCCACUAAAUCGCAGUGGGAAAAUACGCCCCUUGCGCGCCGCAACAAGCAGGUGCGUGAUCGGUGCGUUAGCCAGAUGAAUAAGCUGUCAAAGGCAAAGCUAAGCUGCGAUAUUGCCAUCAUUGAUCCAAACGUGUUGAGCGCUUGCAUGCAGUUCUACUCGACCGUUUGCGAGUAUAUGCUGUAUCAGAUCGAGAACCGUCCGAUCGAAGGACCGUUCACUAAUCAGCAGCAUCCAUCAACGCUGGUGGCGAGCGAUAACUUUUCCGCCCUGCCCGAAUGGUACAUCGAGGAUAUUGCUGACUUUAUACUCUUCUGCAUGCAACACAGCAUCAGCGUGAUCGAUUAUGUCGACAAUUCAAUCAUCACCUGGAUCUUGACGCUGGUAUGUGCACCGCAGCUGAUCAAGAAUCCCUACAUCACUGCCAAACUGAUAGAGGUCCUGUUCGUUACUUCUCCAACCAUACAGACCACCUCGCAAAGGCUGUAUCUUCAGAUUAUCAAUCAUGAACUUGCUCAGACAGCAUUAGUAAGUGCACUUAUGAAGUUUUAUACGGAUAUCGAAACGACGGGACAAAGUACUGAAUUUUAUGACAAAUUUACGAUAAGGUAUCACAUAAGUCAUCUGUUUAAGGGUCUCUGGGAGAGCGCAAUGCAUCGGCAGGCGUUUGUGAACGAAUCAAAAAGUGGCAAACAGUUCGUGAAGUUUGUAAACUUCUUCCUCAACGACACGACCUAUCUGCUGGACGAGUGUUUGGAGUAUCUGAAGCGCAUCCACGAAACGCAGGUACUGAUGAUGGAUGAUGCCGGUUGGAAUGCACUGACCCAGGAAGCGCAACAGAGCCGGCAGCGACAGUUAGUGCAGGACGAACGCCAGUGCCGAUCGUAUCUGACGCUGGCACGGGAAACGGUCGACAUGUUCCACUACAUGACGAUCGAUAUCAAGGAACCGUUUCUGCGCCCCGAGCUCAUCGAUCGGUUGAGCUCGAUGCUGAACUACAACCUGCACCAGCUGUGCGGUCCGAAAUGCAACGAUCUGCGCGUUCGCCAUCCGCACAAGUACGGGUGGGAACCGAGACGGCUGUUGGGUCAGCUGGUUGACAUAUAUCUGCAUCUGAGCUGUGAUGAGUUUGCGGCCGCCCUGGCAGCCGAUGAACGUUCGUUUGAGAAGCAAUUCUUCGAGGAUGCGGCAAACCGCGUGGAACGGAUCGGCAUUCGUUCACACCGGGACGUGGACGAGUUUCGUAAGCUGAUCCAGAAGGCGGCGGAAAUUUAUGUGAAAAAUCAGGAGAAUGCCGAUGAGUUUGCAGAGGCACCGGAUGAUUUUAAGGACCCGCUCAUGGAUACACUGAUGACGGAUCCGGUCGUGCUGCCGUCCGGUACGAUAAUGGACCGUGCGAUCAUUACGCGGCAUCUGCUAAACAGCAGCACCGAUCCAUUCAACCGCCAGCCGCUAACAGAAGACAUGCUAAAGCCGGCAACUGAUCUGAAGGAACGCAUCCAGCUGUGGAUCAAAGAGUACCGGGCACAGAAGAAGUCUAGCUAAAUCGUUUCAAUUCCUCGUACGAUGAUGAUGGCAACUCGUGAAACUUACUUCUUCUUCACCCUCCCUCCCUUCCUCCGUGUGUAGCCGACUACUAUGUUUAAUAAAAACAAACCCCGUACUCGAUGAUUCUGACGAAUUGAAUGUGUGGUGGCAGAAAUAAAAAAAAAUCAACAAAAGGACAAAUUCUUCUACCGGCUGAUAAUGGAACUCGAUAUCCUUUCGUCAAGUAAAACCUAUCUACUUUAUUGAUGCAAUGAUUCUCAUUCGCCUAACAUUGUUGUAUUGCGUGCGUGAUUAAAGGAAAUAUAUUAGAACUUUAACUUAA